AUGAAGCUUACGAAGGAGGACGAACUUCUUUUAGAACAGUACGGACGGACAGCCUCUACGAAGUCCAACAAACUCAUUUAUGGAAACGCAUUACUUGUCUGCCUAACACCCAUAUGGCUCUAUUGGCGAAUACACGAAAUGGACCUCAUACCCAACCUAAUUUUAUUUGCAAUAUUCACGGCGGCUUCAACUUACUUGAUUUCCCUUGCGUACACCAACUCAAAGGGCCCUCUUAUGGAAAGAAUCGCUAUUACUCGAACUGAUGCCAUAACCCAGGAGAUAACAAAAAAAGUUGGCAACGACAAGAAAGUAUCAAAGAAAGAAAAAGAUGAUAUGAUACGGCAGAAGACAAAGGAUGUGGCUGAUUACGAGUCUACCACGUUCUCCAUUUUUUACGUGAACGCGAUAUUUAUACUGAUAGUGCUCAUAUCGUCUACCGUGCUGCAUCAACUAUCGGAUCCAGUGUAUCCUUUUGCCAAAUAA